AUGACAGCAGCCGGAAGAAUCCUAAGGCUGUCCGCGGACAACAUGGAAGAGGCUAUUGACACAGCGGUUUCUGUCUUCUUAAGAGGAGGAAUUGUGGCUCUUCCCACGGACACUCUCUACGGAAUUUCCACUCUUCUCCCGUUUUCCGACCGACUUUAUGCCCUAAAGCAACGUCCGUUUGAAAAGCCACUGGGUAUUUUUCUGCCAAGUCCCACUUCUAUGAAAUUAGUCUCGAAGCAGACGAUUUCAGACGAGCUGGCCAACUGCUUGCUCCCUGGCCCAGUCACAUUAAUGUUCGAACGCCUUCCGACGCUUCCUGCUGAAUUUAAUCCUGGAGUUGCCAACGUGGCGUGUCGUGUCCCAGACUGCCCGAUUGUGUCAAUGAUAUGUAGGAAACUAGGACAACCGCUGGCUCAGACAUCAGCAAAUGUCAGUGGUUCUCCUCUCAAUCCAACAUCCAUCGAUCAUUUCAAAGAUUUGCAACCAUAUAUUGACUUGAUUCUGGAUAAUGGACAAAUUGUGUCAACUGGAGAAGGAUCCACGAUUGUGGACCUGACAGUGGAGUCAAAGUUUCGUAUUGUUCGUUCUGGAUGUGCUGAGAAGGAAACCAUGAAAACGUUGAAAUCAUUUGGAUUAACAGAAAUUUCAUGA